AUGCUCUCUCUGGAGCGGAAGCCAGGGCUGUGGGCACACAACCGUGGGCCAUGCUCACGCACGAGUCCCAGCCAUGUGGCCUCAGGCACGGGGCACCUCCUGCAGUGCCGGCUCCCAGGCCCCGUGUGUCCCGCUAUACUCGCCUGGCCCAGCCUCAUGCUGCCACCCAGCCACUUCGUGGGCAAAACGGAGGGCCCCGUGCACAAAGCACAGGCACACGGAUGCCCAGGCAGCCCCCAUCCCAACAGCUCCCAGGCGAGUGGGGAAUGCCGGCAAGCCAAGGACGGUGGCGCCGAUGCCAUGCCGCCCGGCCGACCCACUGCCCCCUCUCCCCCAGGACACGUCAUGGUGAACGGCCCGACCACCCCGAUUCCCGUCAAGGCCAGCCCCAGCCCCACGGAGCCCAUUGUCCCUGCAGUGCCCAUAGGCCCACCCCCAGCUGGUUUCAGAGACAUCCUGCUGCGAGAGGGGCCCGAGGGCUUCGCCCGAGCUGUGCGGAGCCACCAGGGCCUGCUGCUGAUGGACACGACCUUCAGGGACGCCCACCAGUCACUGCUGGCCACUCGCGUGCGGACCCACGAUCUCAAAAAGAUCGCCCCCUAUGCCGCCCACAGCUUCAGCAAGCUCUUCAGCAUGGAGAACUGGGGAGGAGCCACGUUCGACGUCGCCAUGCGCUUCCUGUAUGAGUGUCCCUGGCGGCGGCUGCAGGAGCUCCGGGAGCUCAUCCCCAACAUCCCAUUCCAGAUGCUGCUGCGGGGGGCCAAUGCCGUGGGCUACACCAACUACCCCGACAACGUGGUCUUCAAGUUCUGCGAGGUGGCCAAGGAGAACGGCAUGGAUGUCUUCCGGAUCUUCGACUCCCUCAACUACUUGCCCAACAUGCUGCUGGGCAUGGAGGCGGCAGGCCGUGCCGGAGGCGUGGUGGAGGCUGCCAUCUCGUACACGGGCGACGUGGCCGACCCCAGCCGCACCAAGUACUCCCUGCAGUACUACAUGGGCUUGGCCGAAGAGCUGGUGCGAGCUGGCACCCACAUCCUGUGCAUCAAGGACAUGGCGGGGCUGCUGAAGCCAGCGGCCUGUACCAUGCUGGUCAGCUCCCUCCGGGACCGCUUCCCUGACCUCCCGCUGCACAUUCACACCCACGACACGUCAGGGGCAGGUGUGGCAGCCAUGCUGGCCUGUGCCCAGGCUGGGGCUGAUGUGGUGGACGUGGCGGCAGACUCCAUGUCCGGGAUGACUUCGCAGCCCAGCAUGGGGGCCCUGGUGGCCUGUACCAGAGGGACUCCCCUGGACACAGAGGUGCCCCUGGAGCGCGUGUUUGACUACAGUGAGUACUGGGAGGGAGCCCGGGGACUGUACGCGGCUUUUGACUGCACGGCCACCAUGAAGUCUGGCAACUCGGACGUGUAUGAGAAUGAGAUCCCAGGGGGCCAGUACACCAACCUGCACUUCCAGGCCCACAGCAUGGGGCUCGGGUCCAAGUUCAAAGAGGUCAAGAAGGCCUAUGUGGAGGCCAACCAGAUGCUGGGCGACCUCAUCAAGGUGACGCCCUCCUCCAAGAUCGUGGGGGACCUGGCCCAGUUCAUGGUGCAGAACGGGCUGAGCCGGGCAGAGGCCGAAGCGCAGGCGGAGGAGCUGUCCUUUCCUCGCUCGGUGGUGGAGUUUCUGCAGGGCUACAUCGGGGUCCCCCACGGAGGGUUCCCCGAGCCCUUUCGCUCUAAGGUGCUAAAGGACCUGCCAAGGGUGGAGGGGCGUCCUGGGGCCUCCCUCCCUCCGCUGAACCUGCAGGCGCUGGAGAAGGAGCUGAUAGAUCGGCACGGAGAGGAGGUGACCCCGGAGGAUGUGCUGUCAGCAGCCAUGUACCCCGACGUCUUUGCCCACUUCAAGGACUUCACUGCCACCUUUGGCCCCCUGGACAGCCUCAACACCCGCCUCUUCCUGCAGGGACCCAGAAUCGCGGAGGAGUUUGAGGUGGAGCUGGAGCGAGGCAAGACGCUGCACAUCAAAGCCCUGGCGGUGAGCGACCUGAACCGAGCCGGCCAGAGGCAGGUCUUCUUUGAGCUCAACGGGCAGCUGCGGUCCAUCCUGGUCAAGGACACCCAGGCCAUGAAGGAGAUGCACUUCCACCCCAAGGCCCUGAAGGAUGUGAAGGGCCAGAUUGGGGCUCCCAUGCCUGGGAAGGUGAUAGACAUCAAGGUGGCGGUGGGCGCGAAGGUGGCCAAGGGUCAGCCUCUGUGUGUGCUCAGCGCCAUGAAGAUGGAGACUGUGGUGACCUCGCCCAUGGAGGGCACUGUUCGCAAGGUCCACGUGACCAAGGACAUGACACUGGAAGGUGAUGACCUCAUCCUGGAGAUCGAGUGACCUCGCCCAGACGGACAGCUUGGCCAUUCCCACCCCAAGACUUCAGCAGAAGCUGUGCUGCCAGGGCAGGCCCAGGCCACCAGUGCCUGAGGGCAGAACGGCCUGGCCCUGGCGGUCCUGUCCUCGGCUGGACGGGAGGGACACUGCCUGCAGCGGCCAUUCCCUGCUGCCAUCUGUCCUUUCCCCACGUGGGGACCGCUGCUCACACACUCAUCUCUUGCCAAACGAGGGUCCUCUCCUCGCCAGAGACCACAGGUUGUGGGUUCUAGGGCCUGGGAAAGAAGGCUGAGGGGCUCUACCUCCCAGGGGAAGGGGAGAUCCCAGAUGUCCCAGGUCCUGGGAAAUUUGCUCAAUAAAACUGGCUUUCCCCUGCCCUCCA